AUGGACUGUCACUGCUGUGCCUUAUCAUUGCCGCUCCCCACCAGCUUCAGGCAGCUUGGGACGGGGACGGCUCCCGGCCCCAGCCUCACUCAGCGGCUCCCGGCCUCGGCUCUGACCUCGGCCUCAGUCAACGUCUCCCAGCCUGGACCCUGCCCGCACACAGCGGCUCCCGUCUCCGGCCUCAGUGGCUCACGGCCUCACUCGGUGCCCCCGGCACCAAUCAGCGGUUCCCGGCUCCACUCAGCUGCUCCCGGCUCCCGGUUCCACUCAACAUCUCCUGGCUCAUCGUGGUGGUCCCCCAGCAGAAUGGGAGAUUUAUUGAAAGAGAAGCUCGAUCAGCUUCAGUGUCACUUCACAUGGGGCCCACAGAAGGGGGCCAUUGACCUGGAGGAUAUGAUGUACAGAUUACAAGAUGCCAUAAUCUUUGCAAAUAAAUAUCAAGCCGCAUCCUACAACCAACUCGCUUUUGUAAACUGUUUGCAAGGCAACAGUGAGGAAGCUAUUCAAAACUUAAAGGAGGCUGAAAAGAUUCUGAGGGAGAAUCACAAAGAUGCAUUUGAAAGAAACAGCAUCGUCACCUAUGGAAACUUUGCCUGGGUGCAUUACCACAUGGGACAACUGGCCAAGGCCCAGUCCUACCUCGACAAGCUGGAGAUGAUCUGUAAACCGCUCACAGAUGGCCCUCGCUAUACAGCAAUGAUACCUGAAGUGUAUGGGGAGAAGGGGUGGUCAUUGUUGAGUUCUGCAGCUGAAUACUAUGAGGAGGCUAUGAAAUGUUUUGAGAAAGCUCUGGAGAAAGAUCCCAAUAACACGGAGUGGAUCAUGGGCAAAGCAACUGUUCUGUUUCGUCUGGAAGCAUUUUCUGGAACCCCAGAGAGUCAUGAACGGAGUCAGUCAGUGAAGUAUCUGCGGCGUGUACUGGAGCUAGAUCCAGAUGAUUCAAUGGCCAUGGUGCUGCUGGCCUUAAAAUUGAAAGGACGCAGUAAAAGGGAAGAAGCAAAUAAAUUAGUUGAGCAAGCAUUGCAGAAGCCCAGUAAGGAUCCAUAUGUGCUUCGCUAUUCGGCAAAGUUUUACAGAGGGGAAGGAGCAGUGGAGAAAGCAGUCAAUCUAUUGAAGCAAGCGCUAGAAUUAACUCCACACUCAUGCUUCUUGCACCACCAAAUUGGAAUGUGUUAUAGAAGUAAACUGAACAUGCCUGGUAAUAGAAAUUCUCGCAGGCCCGCAACUCAGCAGCAAACUGAGUUGAUCCGUCAAUGUAAAUAUCACUUUGGAAAAGCCUCUGAGUGCCGUCCAAGGUCAGCUGUUAGACCAAUGCUGGACUUUGCAGAUAUUUACAUAAGAAGUGGAGAGGAUUCUAAGGCAGAGGAGAUCUACAAUAAUCUGGUGAAAUUGGAGGGCAUCCGUCCAGAAAACAUACAGCAGAUAUGUUUAAAGGCUGGGUCAUUUGAACUGUAUCAGAAAAGUUCAGAAUCAAGGGCCAUCAGCCUAUUUGUGAAAGGAAUGAAGAUUGAAUAUGAAUCAAGAGAACGGAAAAAGUGUAAGGAAAAAUUGGAGAUGUGGGCAGAUAAAAAACUUUGCGAUGCUCCACGUGACAGCACAGCUCUUGGUGUGAGAGGGUUACUGUAUCAGCUGGCUGGGAACAAGUCCAGGGCUAUUGAAUACUUUGAAAAGGCCUUGGAGAUUGAUCAUGAGAAUGAAGAAUAUCUGUGUGCUCUUUCAGAAUUACGUCAUAAUCAUUGAGGACCACAAGGAUGCUUAUAAUAUGCACCGAUUUCAUCUGAUCGAAGGAUAAGUUUGGUGAUGUGUGUGUUUUACUAAUUAUUUUCUGAUAGCAUCUUCUUUGAAUGAAGGCUUUACUUAUGAGUGUGAAGUUUUCAAAAAUGAUCUUGUGCUUCAUUUAAACAUUU